AUGUCGGCCAGCUUGUCUGCUCAGAAGCGUGCUUAUAGACAACGACGAAAAGAUCCAAGCUGCGAUGCGUGUCGCGAGCGCAAGGUGAAGUGCGAUGCGACCGAAACAUCAAGUUGCUCGGAGUGCUCGAGCCGAAGCGUGAAAUGCCAAUUCACGAAGGAGACUAACAGGCGGAUGUCUUCCAUCAAACAAGUGCAAGACCUCCAGGCUCAGCUCGCGGAUGCAAAGCAGCAAAUCUCAAAGCUGCAAUCGGUCCUCCGUGAAGCCGGGUCACCAAUCGUGGACAGUUCAUCUUCGGAUGGCCAGACUCUCAAGCUUCCGGAGAUUAUGCCGCCGACAAACCAGAAGGUUGGGCCCCCUCGGAUGGCAGACUUUGAGCACGUUCGCAAGAAGAUCCGGAUGUAUGGCCGGGGUAUUUUCAAAGUGCCGCCUCCAUAUCGACAACAGGCACCGCAACCGGUACUGAAUGCCUCGUCGGAAUAUACUCCGUUGCCCAAGAAAGAGUUUGCUGACAAAUUGCUGACGCAAUACUACAAUUCGGUGCAUCGACAUACUCCGCUAUUGCAUUGGCCUACGUUUCGGCAAGAUGUGGAUAGGCUGUACGAGAAAGGCUCGUUUAUCGGCACGAAACAAGUAUGGAUGGCAUUGUUCUUUGCUGUCCUCGCAAACGGAACGGUCCAAAGCCAAGAGAUAUCGUCAGGGGGUGAUGUCUCGGAUGAAGUGGAAGGGACCAACUUUUUGAAAAUCGCCGCCAAGAUGAUCAAUACCUGGACGGACGAAAUCGUCAUCGACCAUGUUCGGACGACCCUGCUCGUUAGCAUUUUUCUAAUUGAGCGCAAUUUGAAGAGCGCAGGGUGGGUCUGGCACGGCAUGGCUGUGCGAAUGUCCCAGGAGACCGGGCUGCAUUGCGAAACAGGACCGUGGCCACUGGUAGACGGAGAGUUGAGACGACGGGUAUGGUGGGGCGUCUAUUCUUGGGAUCGCCUCUUGGCCCUCGAAGGAGGUCGACCACUAUACAUCGACGAUGACGAUUGUGACGUCGGCUGGCCAUGUCCCGUGGACGACAUUUACGUACAACCUCAUGGUAUUAUGAAACCGCCCGAAGACCAGCUUCCUCACAGUAGCGUCGCGUUUGUCAUUCCGAUCAUGCGAUUCAUAGCCCAACUCAAAAAGACCCUCAAAACCCGGGUAAUCGCUCCAGCAACCCUAAAAACCUACGAAGACUACUUUACAGCCAUCAUGUCAUCAUUCCCACGGCCUUAUCAAUUGAACUCCGACCAAUACCUGGAACCGCAUGCUCUUCAUGUCGUCUUCAUGCUACAAAUGGCCAGAUUUCACCUCUAUCGACACAACCUAUCCUCCAUAUGCCCUCCCGCCGACAGAAUCGAUGCGCUCAACCGCUGUCUUUCAGUCGCCCACGACACGGUCCGUUACAUAUGCCGCUCACUUCCUUCGCCUCCCUCGUCACCGACCAGCGCAUCGUACCCCGACCCCCAAUGGUGUACGGGCCUCAAAUCAACCGUCUCAAACUACUUCUGUGUCCAUCUUUGGCGCUGCAUUCUCUUCCUCUGCCUGCGCGGCAACUACCGGUCUGCCCUCAAAUGCAUCGCUCUCAGCUCGACCAUCGGCGAAAUGCGCCGGAUAAACACCGCGUGCGGGCGCAACCUCUCCCACGUUCUUAACGUCCUGCUGGAGCGCCACCGAGGCGGUGUCUCCCAGGAUCUCCUCGAAGGCGACGAAGAGAUCCUCGCAUACAUCUCCGGAGACAUGCAAGGCAGCAUCGACGAAAGCUGGGUAUGGGUCGGCAGCGAGACGGGCGUGCGACUCACGCAGACGCAGGGACCGCUUCCAACCGAUCCGACCGCGAUGCUCUCGAGGCCUGCUGACUCCGAGGAAUCGGCAUCCGAAGCCGCCAAUGUAGCGGUAGCUGCUCACCCGGGGGCAAUGCUAACGGAACAGGAGACGAAAGAAUGGGGUGGUUGGGAACGUAUCGAGAGCCUUAUUCAUCAGUUAAUCGAGGAGCAGACAAGACAACGGAAAUACCGGGAGAGUGCUGGGAGAGGCCAGGUUGGAGAGAUGAUGGAGCCCGGGCAGGAGAGACUCCCUGGUCGGGAAAGGAAACGCGAGGACGAUAUCCACCCGUACAGUCAGAACGCCGCGAAUGCCGCGAAGAGAGUGCAUCUUGCGGCACCGCAGACGUCGGCACCGAGCCCUGGAGCAUCGGGAACGGUGUCCAGUCCUGGAGCGAACUCCAGUCGGAUAAGCAUCGCGAAUAUCAUAUGA